AUGGUGCACGAAGCCCAGCUCAUGAGUUACUACGUUCACAAGCAUGUCAUUCAGCUCCAUGGUGUGGCUUGCGAUCACUACCCCGUGAUGAUUGUAAUGGAGUAUUGUCCUGGAGGUAAUCUACAGAACCACAUGCAAAAGCACAAGGAAAAAGUGGGAGUUCCAGAAAGAAUUCUUUUAGCACACGAAGCAUGUCGCGGAAUGAGAUACCUGCACGAGAAAGGCUGUGUGCAUCGAGAUCUAGCGGCUAGAAACUGCCUGCUAUCUGAGCAAGGAUUUGUGAAGGUUAUCUCCGACUUUGGUUUAUCAAAAAUCGCGGAAGAACUGGAUACGACAAAGAAGAAGGACGAAGGCAGUGAACCAUCCGUGGAGCACAUUCCAAUACGGUUGUUCUUCUACUCUAAAGGACGAAUUCUGUAA